AAACUAGAGGCAUCGUUCACUUUGGCUUUUUGUCUUGGCGAGGCCGCCAUGCACUCGUGUCGCUCAGUGGUACAAUAGCCUCCGUUGAAACUGAAGCAAAAGGCCGUUUUGAAAUAGAUACUCAUGAAAUUAUAUCUAAGCGCUUACAGCAAGACAUAAAGAUGUCAGAUAGAGGAGAAGUGGAUUUAACUGGGGCUAAACAGAACACCGGCGUCUGGUUGGUAAAAGUACCGAAGUAUUUGUCUCAACAAUGGGCCAAGGCAAUAGGAAGGGGAGAAGUUGGAAAACUUAGAAUUGGCAAGAAUCAAGGCAAGGCUGAGGUGUCCUUCACACUGAAUGAGGAGCUGACCACCAUAGACAGUAUAGGGGUGAAGUCUUCUAUGGUGCGUGCACCUCGGGAACAUCCGUUCACCAUGCAGAGUGUGGGGGGGCAGACAUUGGCUGUCUUUACUGAGACGCCUUCAGGCCAGUCAGACGCUGACGGCAGCAGCUCAGGUACUGGUACAGGCCCAGACAAGAUAGCGCUAGAGGGGGUGGUGGUGCAGCGGGCCGAGUGCAGACCAGCCGCCAAUGAAAACUACAUGAGGCUUAAGAGGCUACAGAUCGAGGAGUCCUCGAAACCCCACAGGUUCUCCCAGCAACUGGAGAAAGCAGUCACCACCAACUACAAGCCUGUGGCCAACCAUGCUAACAACGUGGAUUAUGAGAAAAGGAAGAAAGAAGAGGGUAAGAGGGCGCGAGCGGACAAACAGCAGGUGCUGGACAUGCUUUUCUCUGCCUUCGAGAAGCACCAGUACUACAACAUCAAAGACCUGGUGGACAUCACCAAACAGCCCGUGAUCUAUCUGAAGGAGAUCCUGCGAGACAUUGGCAUUUACAACGUGAAGGGCACACACAAGAACACAUGGGAGCUGAGGCCUGAGUACCGGCAUUACCAGGCCGAGGAGAAGAGCGACUGAGCCACUUCAUUCUUGUAGCUCCAGUGCUGAUCCAGGCAUAGGUUGUUCAGCUUUGUUUUAAAACCAUUACCAUUAUAAGGAUAGGGAUGUCUAAACCUAGUACAGUGCAGUCCCACUUGAACAGGCCCUGGUUAGUAGAAAAAAUCAGUUCCCUGCUGAAUAACUCCAGCAAUCUGAGGGUGGUUCUGUUCUUUGGAGACCGUGGUGCUUUAGUGGAGGUUCGAGAGUCUUUCAUUGGGCUUGCUAAGGGAAAUUGAAGUAUAGUUGAGGCCUUGAGUUAUUUUUGAACUGAUUAGAGAGAAUAAAGCACAUUUCACAGCUGGCGAGCAGCUACUGAAUCCUAGACACACCUCAUUUAACAUUUUUCUUAAAUUUACCAUUGAUUUUAAUUUAGUGAAUGUUCAAAUGUUUUGUAAAAAAAUAAAAUUACAUCAAUAAAACUUUGAUCUGUGUGAAACAUUGCUUCUAAUUACAUAUACGUCAGUAAUUCCAUCAAACAACCAUUUUUCAGAGUGUAGGUAAGUCAUCAAGAGGAUGGGAUGUUAAUAGGUGCUUUAUUCUAUACACUGUUUAUACCCAUUUUACCCUAUACAGCAGUAAUUUUCUCCUUCAGGGGUACUGAAGGCUGGAUCCCAAAUACAGCCCAGGAUUUUGUAAUCCCUUGCUAAGUGAAUCAUGUAACUGGUUGGCCACUUCAAUGUCACACCUGAAGCCUAAAGGGAGGGUGGAAGAUCUAUAGGACCUUGACUGGGAUUUGAGUAUCUGCUCUAGUCAGUUUGUUGUAAACAUUGUGCUUAAAUCUGACCGAAGCAACUAGUUGUAAUGCUUAUUUUGUAAACAAAGCAACAAGACCUGGAGAUAGUAUGUCUUUUGUUCAGGUGUCAGUUUUACUCGUUUAUUUGAAUGAAAAUACAGCAUAUAAAUGUCUCUGAACAGGAAGGUCCACAAGGUCCAUCAAAAAUGUCCAAUACACUGAAGUACCAACUUAAGAUCUGUAUUGCAAAAUAAUAUAGCAGCAAAAAUUUCUAGCAGCAUAUAAACUUGUUAGGGGCAAUUCUGCUAUGCUCAUUUUAGUCUAAAAACUAACGUUUUAAAGCAAAUUAUCAAACACAAAGGGUUUUUAAAAAUGUAAUUUUAGUAAAUACCCACCUCUGCAAUGAAAUCUUGAUCUGACUUUCUGUACAAGCCAUAAGCUUCGACAACAAAGCCACUGCCAAAUUUCCUACCAAAUAUUUAUAGUUCCAAGUCAACAAGUGGGCAAAAUGUUAAUGGGUCCAAGUUACCACAUGAGCCAUUUAGCCAGCAGCUUGACUUUAUUUAUAAUUUUCACAAAUAGUGCCAAGAAAUCCUAUACAAUCCUGUGAUUCGAGAAGGGUUAUGGGGGAGAAUAACUGUACAAUUUAUCAGAGCUGACAUGCACACAGCAACCCAAUAUCCAGCCAGUCAACUUUGCCACUGUGACCAUUUUUUAAAUAAAAAAGGGCAGGGGGGAAAAAAACCAAAAACACUCGAAGUGAGCUGUGUCUGUUGAA